UUGAUUAGUGAAACAAAUACUUUUGGUAACUCUUAAGAACUAAGUAUAUUUUCUUGGUUGAUAUUUCCUUCAGUCAUCAACUGUGAAGUUGCAAAAGAAAUGACUACUCACAAGGCUCACUGCUUGAUUUUGCCAUAUCCACUCCAAGGUCAUAUCAACCCAAUGCUCCAGUUUUCCAGACGUUUGCAAUCCAAAGGUGUCAAAAUCACUAUAGCACCCCCAAAAUCCUUCUUGAAAAACAUGCAAGAAUUGCCUACUGCCGUGUCAGUUGAGGCCAUAUCCGAUGGCUAUGAUGAUGGUGGUCGCGAUCAAGCUGAAUCAUUCGUGGCCUACACAACUCUAUUCAAAGAAGUUGGCUCGGCUACUCUGUCUCAACUUAUUCAAAAAUUGACUAAUUAUGGAUGCCCUGUGAAUUGCAUAGUAUAUGAUCCAUUCCUUCCUUGGGCAGUUGAAGUGGCAAAGACUUUUGGAUUAGUUAUUGCUGCAUUUUUCACACAAUCUUGUGCAGUGGAUAACAUUUAUUACCAUGUACAUAAAGGGGUACUAAAACUUCCUCCUACUCAAGUUGAUCAAGAAAUAUUAAUUCCUGGAUUUUCAUGUCCAAUUGAACCGUCCGAUGUGCCUACUUUUGUUAUUCAUCCUGAAGCAGAAAGAAUACUCGAAAUGUUGGCGAAUCAAUUCUCCAAUCUUGACAAAGUUGAUUGGGUCCUAAUCAACAGCUUCUAUGAUUUGGAGAAAGAGGUAAUUGAUUGGAUGGGCAAGAUUUAUCCUAUCAAGACAAUUGGACCAACAAUACCAUCAAUGUACUUAGACAAGAGGCUACAUGAUGACAAAGAGUAUGGACUUAGUGUAUUCAAACCAAUGACAAAUGAAAGCCUAAAUUGGUUAAACCAUCAACCAACAAGCUCAGUGGUGUAUGUAUCAUUUGGAAGUUUAGCCAAACUAGACACAGAACAAAUGGAAGAACUAGCAUGCGGUUUGAAGAAUAGCAACAAGAACUUCUUGUGGGUAGUUAGAUCCACUGAAGAAUCCAAACUUCCCAAGAACUUUUUAGAGGAAAUAAAAUUAGCAACUGUGAGUAAAGGCUUAGUGGUGGCAUGGUGUCCACAAUUACAAGUGUUGGAACAUGAAUCAAUAGGGUGUUUUCUGACGCACUGUGGGUGGAAUUCGAUUUUGGAAGCCAUUAGUUUGGGAGUGCCAAUGGUGACAAUGCCACAAUGGACAGAUCAACCAACAAAUGCAAAGUUUGUGAAGGAUGUUUGGGAGAUGGGAGUUAGAGCCAAACAAAAUGACAAAGGGAUAGUUAGAAGAGAAGUUAUAGAAGAAUGUAUAAAACAAGUGAUGGAAGAAGAGAAAGGAAAGGUGAUUUGGGAAAAUGCAAAGAAAUGGAAGAAAUUGGCAAGAAAUACCAUGGAUGAAGGAGGAAGUUCAGACAAAAACGUUGAAGAAUUUGUUUCCAAGUUGGUGACAAUUUCCUAAGUAGGAAGUCAAAUAAGAUUCAUAAAAAGUAGUUGGUUUGUAUUUUUGCAAUUUCUUUUUCUAAUUGAAGUAGUACAAUUUGACCAGAAUAUUCUUUCGUUUUCUUCUCUUUUAAAUUUGGUUAAUCAUUUCUUGUGGAAUGCUAAAGAAAUUUGCCUGAUAAAACAAUAAGUUGUCAUGGUAAAUGAAUAAAUCCCAACUUAUUUGGUA